AUGUCAACAGCUGACUCGAUCUCCGCUGCCAACCCCCCCACAUGGAACACCGCCAUUGUCACCAGUACAGUCCUAGCCAUUAUAGCUCUCCUACUAGGCAUCCCCGGUGCCUUACUCGCAGUCAUAAAACUCCGGCGUCCCAAGCGGGCGAAACGAGACCACAUUGAGAUUGGUAACGCGAACCACGGCUUUGCUGAAGACCAAGACGUCCAGGUACCACCUCUUCGACUCAAUAGAACCCAUACGAGUACUGCUUAUGCAGGGCUAUACUGCUUCGUAGUGUCCGGGGGAGAGUGGGUACAACUCGAAUACAUUGGUAAAAGGACGUCCAGUUAA